GAGAUUGUGGAACCGAUUUUCAAACCUUUAGUCGGUCUGUUUAUUGCUUUUCUUCACAGUAUGUUAACCGCUCGGGCUAAAAGAUCCGUUUUUGGCGGUUUCCCCACGCAUGGUUGUCUUUUCCUGAUUGUCACUCUGCUGUCAGGUGAAACCUUGGGGAACGGAGUGUCAGAAAAGAUCCGAGCCUCUGCUGGUGGAACAGUCGUUCUGCCCUGCCACAUUUCUCAUAGCAGCGACAUUCCAACAGUGGAAUGGUCCAAGGAAGGUCUGAAUCCAAACAUCGCCUUCCUGUACCGACAGGGCUGUGAGACCUUCGAGAUGAAGAAUCCAGUCUUCGAGUUCAGGACAAAUCUCAUCAUGAAUGAAGUGAUAAAAGGGGACAUCUCUCUGCAUAUGUCCAAUGUGCAGCUGUCUGAUGCAGGAAUAUACCAGUGCAGGGUAAUCUGGGAAAGGAACCCUGAGGUCCUUAAAACACUGGAGCUCAUUGUGGUUGCUGUCUCUGUGCCAAACCUCUCCUUCAUUCCAAACGCUGGCAGUGGAGUGACUCUGCAGUGUGAGACAAACUGCUGGUCACCAGCGCCUCAGAUUACAUUUCUUGAUAAUCAGGGAAACAACAUCAGUGCUGAAGAUGCAAGGAGAGAUCAAGAUUCCACGGGAUGUUUCAGAGUCACGAAGCGAGUGACUGUCCCGGCUGCCACGGAGAGGGUGACCUGCAGAGUUCACCAGCCUCAGAUAAACGAGACCAGGGACACAGAGAUUUACAUUCCAGCUGACUGCAUGAGGUCCUGCACUGUAAACAUCAUCAUUGCUGUUGCUGUUGCUGUUGCAGUAACCUUUCUAUGUGGAGUAUUCCUGGGCAAAUUUCCCUCUAAAUGUUACAGCUGUGUGAUGAGAAAAAAAUUGCCAGUGUCCACAGAGUCAUCAGACCAAAGUACAACAAACAGGAAUGCAGAAGGAAACCACCAGAGCUACGAGGCUGACAGCGCUCAAAAUGUUACCAAUGAGCAUCUGAGAAAAAUUGAGGAAUUGGAGUCAAACCUUGGUGAAAAAGAGGGACGCAUCCGCCAACUGGAAGGAGAACUAAACCUCCUGAGAUCUAGUGGUAUGGUCUUGCCCUGCAGCACGACCAGCCUACAAUUACCACAUGAGCACCAAGCGCGACAAAUCUCAGCCUUAAGCCCCACAGUCCAAAGAAGCAGUCAGUAUCACAGCAGUCCUGUCCUUGUGAGAAGUGAUGACACUGUUUUGCCUGCUCCUUCUUCAGCCUCCACGUCAGAGACAAAGCCUCUCGUCCGUUCCAAGAGCGUGUCUGAGUCUCGGCCUCAUUCUAAUGGUGCCAAGAUCCAGCGGAGAUACACCGUGUCUUCUAACCGCUUCGCUGUCCUGUCUGAUUUACCUGAAGACUCAGAGCUGUUGCUUCAGAAUGAGCAGAAAUAACAGAAAUAUGACUGUAAUACACUGUGCUUUUACACUGUGGUAUUGCUACCUUUACAUAGGUAAUUAAUCUGAGAACUUCUUCCACCACUGAUAACAGGUGCAGACCCUUUAUUUCAUAUAUUUUUUGCACAUUACACAGUUAUAGCGCUUUGGAUUUGCUGGGUCUGGCUAUGUACUGGUAUUCUUUCAGUGUUCAAUACAUACAUUUGUGUGUAUUUUAACAGUUUUACUUAUUUCUCCUACAAAAUAUAAAUAGUGUUGUCUCACUCCAGGAAGCAGUAUUCUAAAGCCUUAAAAACAGUUGAAAAGCACUCUGUUGAUGACAUUGUGUCACUUUUUUGAUUAGUGCAAGUACUCAGCUUAGGCCACCCGGGGGCAGGAGUGCACAAGCUACCAGAAGUCAUGGGUUUUCCUGGUGUUUUAUGAGGUGAUUGGGGUUGCAGUUAAGCUUUUUCAUGACAUUGUGAUUUUUGAUAGUUCAAACAGGCAUGAACGGCCUUUAUUUUAAUAUAGUACAUAAUACAUGUUAGAGUAUUAACAAACUGUUGAGUUGUUGUUUGCUCAGAACUCUUGCAGUACCAAGUCGGUGCAGAUGUAUUCUGUCCAUUUCACGUUGUGUGUAUUGAGGUUUUUACUAUAAGUCACUGCCUUUUAAAUGCCAUGACUGGUUUCUAUUGAGUUUUAAAUGCAGUCACCUGAAUUGUCACAUUUUUUAAAGCACAUUUUACAGCUAUAUGUAUUCAUUAAAUUCUACAUACAUUCUUACACUUCGUAGCUUUUUAACUUGUAUAUAUGUAUA